GGAAGACUUACUUGGAUUAAAUUUCUAAAUUCUAUAUACACAUCAUAAAAGUAAAUGAAGCAUUACAUUUAAAAAUAUAUCUUCGUGUUCUAGAAAGGAAUUCAAUACAAUGAAAUACUUUACAAGAUAAUUUGAAGCAAGCUGAAGAUAAACUAACCGAAAUGAUCAAGCUUCAAACUAGAUUAAAGAUAAAGAUUUUUAAGGAUAAGGAUGUAUGUUUGCUUUUUCUAUGAUAAUAUCCUCUUUUCAUACAUUCACUCAUGUUAGAAUAGCUUAAUUAUAUGCCUAGCCUAUUUAUUCUAUUAUCUAUUUUCCUUGUAAAUAGCCUGCCAUAUUUACUCUUAACUAGAUGCUACAAUGUAAACUAUUUUUUUUUUAUUGUUUUGCUUAGUAUCCACCUUCUAUUGUUGCUGUAUUUAAUUCUUUAUUUCACUCUAUACUUUAUUAUAUGAAAAUAAGUAUACUUUUUUCCUU